UUGCCUCAACACCCUCGAUACGAGUCGAUAACCAGGUGCAUGAGCUCGUUGGUUGAGCCGUUUCGUGUUUUGUAGCCGACGUUAGCUAAGCUAGCGUUGGUAGCCGACCGCAUUUGACGUGACCCCCUCGUUUUGCACAAAGUUGCUUAAGCUGAAGGCUAACUCUUAGCAUUUAAUAGUUGGCAUGUGCGCGUCCACGGCAGAGUGGUCUCCGUCCGCGUGUCCGCCCGCAUUCCGUCUCCCGUGUGACAUUGAUGACAUUUGCAUUCCGCACAGGUGCACAAAAACACGAGCGCCGGCAACGCGUUCUUGUGUCGAUACGUUCGACGUUCGGGAUUUAAAAAAACAACAACAAAAAAACCCGGAAGAAGUUGUGGGGGGUGGAAACGCAAUGCGUAUUUGGCUAAUGGACUUCGACUUGUAUUGAGUCAGCUGGUCUAAUGUAGAAUACCAGCACAUGGUGCACGUCCAUGUGAUGCAGCACCAAAGGCCCUUCAGUUGCUCUGCCGAUGCUCGGCAGCAUUUAGAAAGUCCCUUUGUUUGACACCCGUCUGUUCACCCCACUGAAUCUUGAUUGUACAAAACGGCGAGGCCUCUGAAUGAAGCCUGAACAAGACGGAUCUCGAGGACCAGUUUGCCCGCUGAACUUUCUGCCCCUCAGACGGAUCGCCCUGGGACCAUGCUGACCAUUCUAGCCGCUGGGUCGAUGUUCUUUCCAGGCCUUUUCCUGCUGUCUAAACAAUGUCUGAAGUCAAUCCCAGCUCUAAGAUGGAGCGAAGGAGACGCAGUCAUUGUAUCCGCCAGGUUGGUUUCAUCAAUUCAGGCAGUCAUGGCUUCUUCAGCUGGCUACAUCAUUGCUUCUUCCUGCGAGGACAUCCUGGAGGACCAGCAUUGGCUGACGAGCGCUUACAUCGUGUUUGCAGUUCCCUAUUUCAUGUAUGACAUCUACGCAAUGUUCAUGUGCUACUGGUACAAGCUCCGGGUCAAAGGGCACGAGGAGGCCUCGGCAGCGCCCCAGAACAUGAGCACAGCGAUGUCCAGCUACUUGCGUCGCGAGUUCCUCAUGGUGCUGCACCACGUUGUCAUGGUCACCGUCUGCUUCCCCGUCUCUGUGUUUUGGCGACAAGGAAAGGGAGAUUAUUUCCAGGGUGUGCUGUUCAUGGCUGAGCUCAGCACGCCGUCCGUCUGCUUAGGAAAAAUUCUCAUCCAGUACAAACAGCAACACACUCUCCUGCACAAAGUGAACGGGGCUCUCAUGCUGAUCACUUUUUUCAUCUGUCGAGUCCUCCUCUUCCCUUACCUCUACUACGCCUACGGAAGGUACGCGUCCAUUCCCUUCCACAUGGUUCCGCUGUCGGUGCCGUGGCACUGUAACCUCGGCGCCGCGCUGCUCAUGGCUCCCCAGCUCUAUUGGUUCUCCCUCAUUUUCAGGGGCGCCGUGCGACUUUUCACGGGCUCCUCCCGCUCUCGGAGACCGGGCGCCACCAAGGAGAGGCAGGCGGACGCCGGCGACGCGCCGACGCCGCCCGCCAACGGCUACAGCACGCGCCCCUCAGAGCCGGAGACGGCCGCUCACUGAGAAGAACGCCGAAUGUACCAAGGAGUGUGUGUGUGUGUGUGAAGGAAAGAAAGCUGUUAGAGAGAAGAGAGACUUGAAGCAAGUAGCAAUAUCAAGACGGCUACAAAGGCCUCAUGCGGCUGAAGUGUUGGCGGCCAGCAAUCAGGCUCCCAACGGCGAAAAAAAAAACGAUUUGGUUGCUGGCCUUCAAGCACUUCGGCUUGUAGGAAACAAGCGAUCGGUGAUUAGAGAGGUCACCUGGCCCUCUGACGGAUAGCAACGAGCGCCGACCUGUGAGGAAGUUGCCUGGAUGUAUAGCAAGCAUCGGGGGGGAGAUUCCUCUCGUGUAGAUCAAGUUCAGUCCUCUCUGCCUCGCGGUAUAGGAAGAGUAGGAGAAUAGGAAUGUAUUAUAUUGUAUGUUAGUACAUUUGCUGUAGAUGGAAGGCCUAAUUCAGUUUAGUAACAAAGUAUACAACACUGUUUUUGAGAAAAAACUCUGCCCAAGCAGUAUUUUGACUUGUUAGUGUUUAAUAUGUGUAUCCUCUAUGUAGUCACUGUCACUCUAACAAAAUCUAACCAACUUGCAGGCUGACUCAUCUUUAGACGGGUGAUAACCUCAUAAGACUGUAUUCUGCUGCCUUAUCCCCUUUUCCUGUUAUUUUCUUUUUAUUUAUUUUCAUCCCUGGAGGAGACAGAAGAGGCUUCCUAAGACACAAAAAUGUGACGGAUGUACAUAGCCAAUGUAAAAUUGUCCUUAUUUCCAUCUCAGUAUUGAGUCAAUGUUUAAUUAUUUUUUUAAAUUUAGGUUUUGUCUCAAUUCUGCAUCUGAUGUUUCUACAGAUGUUUUAGAACAACGACAUUUCAGCAUUAACACAAAACAUUUCACUGUUUUCCAACCAAGUGUACGAAUAGAGUCCCUAAACGUGAUGCCACCGCUCCUCGUCUCGUAGUCGAUACGACCUCAUUCCAUUUACUGCUAGCAGUGUUCUUAGCAAACAGUGACGCACAGUAGCCAUCACUUUGAAAUAAGUGUUUUCUUCUUUUAGUUUUUUUUUUUUUAAGAUUGGUGCUGGUAUGAAUCUAAAAAUAUACAUUUGCUUGGCUGGCAUAUUACAGGAAGGGAUCCAUAAGUAUGAAGUAUUUCUAAUUUUGCUGUUCUGAAGGGAAACAAAAGAUCGAAGGAUCUGGUAGGGAAGCCGCCCCUCGUGAUGGACAUGCAGCGCACUUGUCCACAGCGACUAUUUGUAGUCAUUUAAGUUUGUGAAUUAUUUUAAGCGUUUGAGUUUAAAAAAUCAUUUGGUCGUUGAGCUUUUUAAAAAAAAAAAAAAAAAAAAUCCACCACUGGUUCCAUGAAUCCUCAAAGAAACAAACUUCAUUUUAACUUCACUGUAUUAGAAAUGGGUCAAUAAAGUAAACGAAGCGGAGCUCGGAAACCGUGAGACGGCAGCGUGUGCCGAAACAUCUGGAGAACAUCCAUCCUUUUGCAUUUACUCCGCGGUUCUUCUCCGUGACAAUACUAAACAUUUCAACCACGUGCUGUAUAUUCCUCAAGAUACUCGUUAUUUAUUUGUAUUUAUUUAUUUAUUUGGUUUGUGGUUUUGAAUGCAUAUUUAUGCAUACAUAUUAAACUAUAUGCUUCUGGGCCUUAUGUGAAGGCUGUAUUGUUACUCCAACUUAGCUGAAAUAUAUUUCUCUGUCCUGA